GCGCCUGUCAGAAGCCGAGACCUCGGCUGAUCAGUCCCUGCCGACGCAUAUCUCACCAUGAGACUGCGACAGUCCCGUGAUUUACAAUCGCUACAAUGAUAGAGCGAUGAGCGACUUCGCGGCAGCGCAGCAGCGUAUCCUCGCCCGCCGCGCAGCCCGAGACGCCCAGCUCGCCGCCCAAGCCACCGUCGAGCAGAACGCCCGAAACGCGCAACUCUUGCGACUCCCGCCCGCUCUACGUGUGAUCGCACAUCAAACACUGAAUGCUUGGGACGUGAUCAAAAGCCCGUACGGCACGCGCCCGGCUUUCCGAGUAGGACAGGUCGAUGCUGAGCUACUGGAUGAAGAUUUAUUGGAGUUGCUGCGCAAGCAGGUUGGCGAGGGAUUGAAGCUAUUUGGAAACCACUUACAGGAUGAUUGGGGUGCGGAGAUCGCGUUGGUAUUGCAGAGUAUCUUGUGGAAGCUUGCAAUCUGGGACCACGGAGCCAGCUACGGCGCAUCGCUGCAGGGUUUGCAAUACGUCGAUGCGCGUGGCAGCGAUAGCGCCAGAAGGAAACCGCCGACGGCAUGGCAGAAGAUUUCGUACGGACUAGUCACAGUUGGAGGACGAUAUGCUUGGACGAAAUGGUCCGACUACCUCUCGAACGCAGAGAACGGCUACGAUGAGCCGAGCCCACUAAUCCGAAGCCUAAGCCGCAUAACCACGCUGGCGGGCACCACGCACGAGAUUGCGGCCUUCACCUCCUUCCUCGUCUUCCUAUACAAUGGCCAGUACAGGACACUUACAGACCGUCUACUACGGUUACGACUCUUGCCUUCAUCCAAUGCGACGAGCAGAGAAGUCUCCUUCGAGUACCUCAACCGCCAGCUGGUCUGGCAUGCAUUUACCGAGUUUUUACUCUUUCUACUACCUCUUGUGGGUAUCAGCCGCUGGCGCAGAUGGGUCGCUCGAGCCUGGAAAAAGGCCAAAUCUAGCAUCACCCGCUUACGCACAGGCACUUCGUCGGCCGGGCAGGACGAAGCAGAGGACGGGCAGAAAGGCGAGCUGGCGUUUCUACCCGAGCGUACAUGCGCGAUAUGCUAUCACGACCAAAACCCAACAGCCGGGCGUUCAGAGCAAGACGUCAUUUCCGCCGGCGCAAAUAGCGGCAUCAUCGGUAAUGCCAGCACAGACAUUACGAACCCGUACGAAGCAAUUCCGUGCGGAUGUGUUUACUGUUUCGUCUGCCUCGCGCAGCGCAUCGAGGCCGAGGAAGGCGAAGGCUGGAUCUGCUUGAGGUGUGGAGAGCUUGUCAAGGAGUGCAAACCCUGGGAUGGAGAUGUGCUUGCGCCACAGCAGGAGGCGGCUGCGAAUGGCUCGGAGGACGGGGCACGGUCGAGCGGGAGGAAGAGUAUUGCGUGGGCUGAUGAGGUGGUGGAGGAUGAGCGGGAGCAGAUGGAGCAGAUGGAGCGGACGAUGAGUCAUCUUGAUCCUAUCCCUGUUGAUGAUGAACAGGAGUGGGAGAGGGAAGGACAGAAUGUGGUAGAAGACGAGGAGGAGGAGGAGCCGAAUUAGUGGCACGAGCAUCCAUCAUCACAAUAUCACUCAAUCCCGGUCCUUGCGCCAGGCACGAAUAAAGAUGGAGACCUCGCACCGAGAUGGAGUUGACUUCGGCCUGGCUCGUAUUAACCGGACCACACACGCCUGUUCAAGGGCUCGAAGUACGCCGAGUUAACUAUUCAUGAUACAGUCUAGCCUCGCCUCCAUGCCAAACACACAUAUCAGGCUUUGGGGGGCAGUCGAAACAUGGCUACUCUUCACCGUACACUCAAACUUCGCCCCGCCGCCAUUCGGGCGUUUUUGUCACUGGAUCACUUG